ACUAAUUGAAAAUUAUUGUUGUCAAAGGCUAAUUGCAAAUAAAGUCAAAUGCAGCAGCAUUGGUCUUCACUCUUCCAGUGUGUGUGUAUUGUGUAACCAACUUCAUCGUCCUAUCCAACGUUAAAACCCGACGCGAGGAACUGGCGGUGACAGCUCCGCCGCCGUCCUUCAGACUUCAUUUUCACGCUGCUGUUCCAUCUCCGACCAACUCCGUUCGUCAUCAACCUAGGCAUACUUGAAGUGGAAAACGAAGGGACAAAAUGUUAGGUAAUGGUGAUCAGAUUCCUGUAAUGUUGUUUUGGGGUGGAGAAAUGGUAAGCUAUGGAGAUCACAAGUCUGUAACUUUUUCAGUGCCCUCAAGAGCUGUGUUUCUUGAGUCGCAGCAGCAGGCAUGAUGAGCUUAUGGCAGAAGUGCACACUGCAAUGAACACAAGUGAAGAUGACACAAAGCUCACAUUGUUUGGAAGGUACCCAUCGAUGCUUCCGGGCGGGCAAGUUCUAUUUGUUUCUGUUCCGCUCACUGACAAUAAAUCCUGGCUGUGGUUUUUGGAAGCAACAUCAGUUUUCCAGCCCGUGCAUGUGUAUGUCGUUGCUGAAAACAUAUCAAAUGGUUCAAGUGUCCAGGAGAAUCAGAGGGUUGUGCAGGGAGGACCUCUUCUUAAGCGUUGUGCUAAUGGAGGUGGUUGUUCAAGGUUGGGAGCUAAUGACAACACUUUGGAUGUUGAAGGUGAAAACAGAGCCAAUGCUGUUGACGAAGAAAGAGUGAGGAAGAUUCGUAGGGUUUUACCAGUUAAUCCGCUUCCCAAGCACAACACCCGCAAGGCCAGUUCUUCACAUGAUGACGAAGAUGCACUCAAUGGUGGCAAUGCUGCUGCUACAGCCGCUAGAGAUGAGCAAAAGAAGAGAAGGUUGGAAGUUAUCCUCAGUCAGUUAACUCCUCGAAAUUCUAUGCGGGUGCUAGAACAAGUGAAAGAUGUUAACAUUGAUAGUGCUGAAUGUCUUGCUGCUCUGGCUGAAAUAGCAUGCAGCAAAGCUGUGAUGGAUCCUGCUUUCUGUGAGAUGUUGGUAGAUAAUUUCACUCCUCUUUACAAGAUGUUGCCGGUGUAUUUCAAGGAUAAUAAGGUGUUCAACUUUACGAGUUGUCUUUUAGAUUGUUGUCGUAAGGAACUUCAGAGAGGCAAAGGAGAUGUAGCCUUUGCAGUUCACGAUGAGUGGAGACGUAAGAAAUCAAAGUUGGGCAAUGUAGAAUUCAUUGGGAAACUAUACAUGAAAAAGCUGGUAGAAGAAGGAAUCGUGCAUAGUUACAACAACAACAACAACCCAGUUAAAUCCCACAAGAGUAGGGUCUGGGGAGGGUGUGUGUACGCAGACCUUGCCCCUACUCGAAAGUAGAGAGGCUGUUUCCAAAGAGACCCCCGGCUCAACGUCGAAAGUUGCAUUGCUUGACUAACUGCUACUUCAUUAAUUAAAGAAGCGCAGACAAUUUAGAGAUCCAUUUUGAUUUAUUCCAUCCAUUUUGAAGUGCAUAGUUGUAUCAAGAAAAUACUAUGGUAGUAUGAAAAUCCAGAUGAGGCAGAUAUUGAAGUCCUUUGCAACUUGAUGUACCAAGUUGGUGAAUCCAUGGAUAACCCUGAAGUUAACAAGCCAACAGAUAUGGAUAUGUAUUUUGAAGAGAUGUCGAAAUUGUCAAAGCACCCAAAUUUGUCUUCUAAAUUGAAGGAUAUUUUGGUUGAUUUGGCUGAUUUGAGAAAGAACAAGUGGCAGCAUAAACCUGCAUACCCAAGCCACCUAACCCUGAAUAUCAAAGUGAUGGAGUGCGACUCAGAACCGAAAUUUACUCUCAAAGUCAAAUCGUCUGACACCAUCUACAAUAUAAAGGAAAUGAUCAAGGCCAAGGAAGGCUUUCUGAUGUGCAAACACAGUUGCCCACUACAACUUGCAGAACAACUGCACCAUAUAUCUUCACAACAUGCAUUAGUUUUCAGGACUCGACGGGAAAAAAGGUUGUCUCAAUGAACAAGAAACAUUUUUCAGGAUUUGACGGGGAAAAAAGUUGUCUCAAUGAACAAAGAGAGUAGUAACUAGGAUCGGUGCUUGAUGAUCUCCAUGCUCAAAUUAUAAAUUCAUGUCGGUUUCGGUUCCUCGAUGUUGCCUUAUUGUUGCGUUAUUCCCAUAUGUGUUUAUUCAUAUAUAUGUUCUUUGUAUAUGUUAAUUAACGUGUAUCCAUUCAAGUGACUUGACUUGUGUUUAAGACAUGGACCUCCUGUGCUUAUUUAGUUAACAUA